UGACCAAUUAAGUUCAAGGCUCAGAGCUUGCAAAGAUAGAGACCCCGGGUGUGUUUACCUCCAGUGUCAGAACAUCUGAAAGCAGCACUCAGGACUCUCUCAGGACUUCUGUUGCUGUUGAUAUUAGGAGGACACAGUACCAUGCAACACAUCUCUGACUCCAAACUGCAUCUGAGCAUGCCCCGCUCCCCUCAGACAGCUGACUCAUACCAGCAGGGCUGCAUCAGGAUGACCCUGGAGAGCGCUGAUCUCUGGAAGUCCUUCCACAGCAGCGGGACAGAGAUGAUAAUAACAAAGCAUGGAAGGAGAAUGUUUCCAUACUGCAGCAUCAGACUCUCAGGGCUCCAACCUUUUGCAAAUUACGUCGUCAUGAUAGAUAUGGUUCCUGCAGACAGCUUCAAAUACAGGUGGAAAAAGGAGCAGUGGGAGGUGGCGGGGAAGUCAGAGCCCCAGCCCCCGUGUCGGACAUACAUGCAUCCAGACUCCCCUGCCCCAGGAAGUCACUGGAUGAAGCAGCCAUUGUCUUUUCUCAGGAUGAAGCUCACCAACAACACCUUGGACCAGCACGGCCAUAUCAUUGUGCACUCUAUGCAUCGCUACUACCCCAGGUUUCACAUCACCCAGGCAGACAGUCCUUACACCGUCCGCUGGGGCCCCUUCCAGACCUUCUCCUUCCCAGAGACCACCUUCACUACAGUGACCGCUUACCAAAACCCAAAGAUCACCAAAUUGAAGAUCGACCACAACCCAUUCGCUAAGGGAUUUAGGGAGGGAGGCACUCAUUCCCACAGCAAAAGGUGUCGUUCUAACAGAAGCUCUCCUGUGAAAAGAGCCCGACUGGAGAGGGAAGAUCUUUGCACCAGUCCUCCAGGCCUGCAGAGGAUGCCCUCCACCUCUCAGUCAGUGAAGGUGGGGAAGGAUGAGCAGCCCUUGAAGGAGCACGACCUUUCAGCCUGUUCAUCGGAGCAGGAGAGUGUCCACACCGAGCCCCUGGAGCCGCAGGAGUACGACUACAGCUGUGAAGAACAGAUGGUGCCUGCAUCCGUGCCAUACCAGCCCUACAGAUCUCUAGAGUACGCCAGAUAUCCGCUGCAUUCCAAUGAAGUAGAUGCAGCCCACUCUCUCCUCCACCCUCCACAUCAUCCACUCUCCACAGCUGAACACAUCUCCCAACAACAUGGCUACUACCAUUAUCCUCACCACCACAGCCAGGCUGGGGAUUGGAGCCAGUAUCCGCUCUUCUCCUACUCUUGUUAGUGACCAUUUUCAAUAUGGUGACAAUAUUAACGGGGAUGAAACCACUAAAGCAGGGGUGUCUAAACUGUUUUCACCGAGGGCCACAUACAGAAAAAUAUACAAAGGGCCUGGCCACUCACUAGAGUUAUAUUGCCUCAUAAGUUCAGUUAUAAGUUAGCAAUCAAUCAAAUGUAGGUACAUUUUGCUUGUGAGUGUUGGCAGCUCAUCCCGUAAAACAGAAGCCUCAGAUUGAUUAUAAUAAGGAGAAAUAAGAAGGGUGUAUUUCAAGCUUGUUAUGUAAAUAAGUCAUUGGGCUUUUUUCUUAUCAACUAAGAUGUUAGAAAAUGUUUACAACUUUAAUUGACUGAAUUUAUUUGAAAAGUGGUCUUAUUAACACAUGAUUACUACUGUGUAAUAUAUGUUUACAUUUAUAUUUAAAAAGUAGACGGAAGACAAGCACAAGUUUCAUUUGUGGGCCAUAUUCCAUUAUACUUUUUGAAUUUGCUGGGGGCCGAUUCAAAAGGGUCCGCAGGCCACAUUUGGCCCCUGGGCCGUAGUUUGGACACCCCUGCACUAAAGUCUUGAAGGAAUAUUGUCACUGUGUCACAGGCAGACCUGGGACUGACUGACAUGUCACUCCAGUUUGUGAUAACAUUGUACAAUUGUGUAAAAAAUGUAGUGUAUUUCAAAAAGCUUGUAUUUUUUGUGAGGUUCACUUUAACUUUAGUCUCUUAAUUAGACAAUAAUCAUAUUCAAGUGAAGACUUAUUAACUAGGAUUUAUAUUCCUGAUCACACAUGUGCUAGUUCAGUCACAACUUGCAUGAUUGUCUGUGUUAAAAAAUAUAUCGGUAAUGUUUUAAAAUGCAAUAUAUAAAGUAUUUUCUGUAUACAGUCA